GGCUGGUCUUGAACUCUUGGGCUCAAGUGAUCGGCUCACCUUGGCCUCCCCGAGUGCUGGGAUUACAGGAAUAAGCCACCACACCUAGCCCUAACUCUCCUUUUUAAAGGCACCUUUGGACUGUGUGGCUUUUAGCAGAAAGUUAAGGGCGGGGCCCCCAUGUCCCUCCUGCAAGCCUUGUAUGUUCAGUCAAUGGAAACUGUUUACAGAGAGCCUGGGGCCCGAUAAAUAACAGGCAUCAGCCAUGCCUGGGCAGGGCGUGGAGGCCAGGGCCGUUCUGGGCUAGGCCGGCUGGCAGUGAGGACUGUGUCCCUCUGUGGUAAACCAGGGAGCAGACCUGGUCCUCAGACCCAGGCCACAGCCAGGUAUGGGACAAGCCACUUGUCCCUAGUGUGGAAGCUGGUCGCGAAUGACGCUGGCGAAAGCACAGUGGCUGCCACGGCCCAGGACAGGCGGCGCUUUCUCCAAACUCCAGGGGUAAUGGCUGACCCUGCUGCGGGGAGGGGCCUGGAGCAGGGACAGCCUCUGGCAGAGGAGAGGUGUCAGGACGCAGCUCUGGGCUUCUGGGCAGCCUGUUCUUGCCUCUGAGCUCUCUGGGCCUCCCUCUCCAGGCUUGGGAAUGUGGGCUGGCCGGCCUGACUCGGUGACCUCAGGCACGGUCAGCGCCAGACUUGGUGGUCUUAUCUCCCCUGGGAAGCGUCCAGGUGCAGGCUCGUGGAGAACACCAGGAGGACCGGGUCCCUGCCCCUUGGUCCACGGCACACCCUCAUCUACUCACUCAUCUCUGGAAGGUUCAUAGGAGCACAGCCCUGGGCUGUAGCCGGCUCCCUGAAGGGGCAGGCAGGAUCUUUUGGGAAGCGUGGGGCCAGAGUGCCAGGUGUGGACGGGGACGCUGCUGCUGGGCACGUGCCUGUUGUACUGUGCCCGUGCCAGCAUGCCCAUCUGCACGGUCUCCAUGAGCCAGGACUUCGGCUGGAACAAGAAGGAGGCCGGCAUCGUGCUUAGCAGCUUCUUCUGGGGCUACUGCCUGACGCAGGUUGUGGGCGGCCACCUCGGAGACCGGAUCGGGGGUGAGAAGGUCAUUCUGCUGUCGGCCUCUGCCUGGGGCUCCAUCACAGCUGUCACCCCACUGCUCGCCCACCUGGGCAGUGCCCACCUGGCUUUUAUGACCUUCUCACGCAUCCUCAUGGGCUUGCUCCAAGGGGUUUACUUCCCUGCCCUGACCAGCCUGCUGUCGCAGAAGGUACGGGAGAGCGAGCGAGCCUUCACCUACAGCACCGUGGGCGCUGGCUCCCAGUUUGGGACGCUGCUGACCGGGGCGGUGGGCUCCCUGCUCCUGGAAUGGUGCGGCUGGCCGAGCGUCUUCUAUUUCUCCGGCAGCCUCACCCUCCUCUGGGUGUGGUACGUGUACAGGUACCUGCUGAGUGGAAAAGACCUUGUCCCGGCCUCGGGUGUCCUGGCCCCAGGCCUGCUGGUGACCAGGCACAGCAGAGUCCCCUGGAGGCGGCUCUUCCGGAAGCCUGCUGUCUGGGCGACCGUCUUCUCCCAGCUGUCUGCGGCCUGCUCCUUCUUCGUCCUCCUCUCCUGGCUGCCCACCUUCUUCAAGGAGACCUUCCCCGACGCCAAGGGCUGGAUCUUCAACGUGGUGCCUUGGUUGGUGGCGAUUCCUGCCAGUGUAUUCAGCGGGUUUCUCUCUGAUCAUCUCAUCAAUCGGGGGUACAGAGCCAUUACGGUGCGGAAGCUCAUGCAGGGCAUGGGCCUUGGUCUCUCCAGCGUCUUUGCUCUGCGCCUGGGCCACACCUCGAGCUUCUGCGAGUCGGUGGUCUUUGCAUCAGCCUCCAUCUGCCUCCAGACCUUCAACCACAGUGGCAUUUCCGUGAACAUCCAGGACUUGGCCCCGUCCUGCGCCGGCUUUCUGUUUGGUGUGGCCAACACAGCUGGGGCCUUGGCAGGUGUUGUGGGCGUGUGUCUGGGCGGCUACCUGAUCGAGACCACGGGCUCUUGGACUUGCCUGUUCAACCUGGUGGCCAUCAUCAGCAACCUGGGGCUGUGCACCUUCCUGGUGUUCGGACAGGCCCAGAGGGUGGACCUGAGCCCCACCCGCGAGGACCUCUAGGUCCCAACCCCGCAGCCUCUCCCAGACCCAGAUGCCAGCAGCCCCGGGACAGAGGGGACUCAAUUUGAGGGACCUGGUCACUCCAUCUCAGACGCAUGAGCAGAGAGGACUGCAAACCACUGUGGAGCCUGAGGCUUCUUGAGGAGUUCACACCCACUGGCGGGGGAGGGGGAGUGGGCCUGGGUCCAGACCAGGCUCGCUGCUCUCUGGGCCUCAGUUUCCCCACCUGCCAGCGGGCUCGGUCCUGCCCUCCUCACAGGCUGGUGUGGCCGUUGGGGUGAGUGGGGUUACCGUUAAUAGGCACAGCCUCAUUCCCGCUGCCAUCUGUCCUGCGUGGUCCCGGCAAGCCCCCUGCAGUGCCUGCCUGCUAAUGUGGGGCGGGGGCCAGGCUGCAGUCUCCCCAACCCCAGCCCGCUUUGCUGUGUCUCUGGUGGGCUGUCCUCCAUGGUGGGGGCCAUCCUGUGCACUGCAGGAGGCUUAAAGACUUCCCUGGCCUCUACCCACCCCAUGCCAGCAGCACCUACCCUCCCUCUCCCUCCUCCCAGUCAAAUAACACCCAGAAAUGUCUCCAGACUCUGCCCAGCCUCCCACGUAGUCCGUAUCUAGACACAGCCUCAGAGUCUCUCAGCAGCCUGACAGAACCCCCCAGGGCAGUGGGUGGGUGGUGGGCUAGAGACCCUUGCCCGUCGCUGGGACUCUGGCACCGCUGUCUGCACUCACCGUGUCUCACUGUGCGGACGCCUGGGCGCUCCUUUGCCCUGCCCAGCACAGCUCUGGCCCAGACACUCCAACACGCAUGGCUUUCCCAGGCCUGGUGAUUCUGCCUCCCAGGGAUGGUCGGCACCUUACUCGGGGUGGGGGUCCCGUGCACCCCUGAACACACAGACCCACCUUUCUGGCGUUCUUUCUACCUCCCUGUUCAUUCCCUGAGGAACUGGUGGUUUCAUGAGUUGAUGAUACAUCCUGCAAGAUGUCCACGUGGAGGGAAAAAUCCCAAAAAUGCGGAAAAGCACGUGAAGCCUGAUUCAAGUAAACUAUUAAACUAUUCAAAAAGAA